AUGGCGCCUCACUCCCGAUCACCUGCAAGCAAGAUACCCGUCAUUGAUGUUUUCGAUGAAAAUUCCAAGCCUGGUAGUGACGCUUGGAUCUCCAGAUGCAAGGACGUUCGAGCAGCGUUGGAGCAAUACGGGUGCUUCUUGGCAACGUAUGACAAAGUUUCUUCACAGCUCCAGGAUGAUGUCUUCCUCUCUUUGCAACAAUUGUUCAAUCUUCCUACACAGAUUAAGGUUCAGAACUCUUCUGAUAAACCUUAUUUUGGUUACUUCAAACACCCUUGCAUCCCUCUCUCUGAAAGCAUGGGCAUUGAUAACCCCACCAUUCUUGAAGGAACUCAAGGUUUCACCAAUCUCAUGUGGCCUAACCGGAACAAAACUUUCUGUGAAAGCAUACAUGCGUACUCGAAGCUGGUGUCGGAACUGGACCGAAUGGUGAAAAGAAUGGUGUUUGAAAGCUAUGGUGUAGGGAAAUACUAUGGUUCCCACAUUAAAGCUACUGAUUAUCUUCUUCGACUUAUCAACUACAGGGUGCCACAUGAAGAUGAACGUGAGAUAGAUGCAUGUCCUGAUCACACUGACAAGAGCUUCAUGACCAUUCUUCACGAUAAUGAAGUUGCAGGUCUGCAGGUGAAAACAAAGGAUGGUGAUUGGAUCGGCGUCGAGCCCUCCGGUUCUUCAUUCCUCGUCAUUGCUGGUGAUGCAUUCUUGGCAUGGAGCAAUGGAAGAAUACACUCCCCGAUCCAUCGUGUGAUCGCAACAGAAGCUGGAAAGGAAAGAUAUAGCCUUGCGUUCUUCUCUUUUAGUGGAGAGAUUAUACAAACGCCCAAGGAGCUUGUUGAUGAAGCUCAUCCGCAGCUGUUUAAGCCAUUUCAUAAUAUGGACUUGCUUCGACUCUAUUCCCUCGACGAUGUUCAGAAAUAUGUCGACUUUAUUUCCCAAGCCAAAUGCGGAGCAUGACCACAUUUAUGUUUUUCUUAUAUAUAUUUUCUUUCUGGGAUUAAA